AUGGGGUCUGAAUGCAUCCUGUAUGGGGACUUGCAUGAGUAUGGCUUGAGUCUCGGAGUCGACUUAGAGAGCGAGGACUGCUUAGAGCUUGUUCAAGAGGCUUGGAACGCACCACUCCCAGCGAGUUGGACGGAGUAUAUGGACGAGUCGGGACGAGCGUACUAUGUGAAGGAGGGAGCCAGCAGCUCGACCUGGGAGCAUCCAGCAGACCAGAUUUACCGCAGCCUCAUCGACUUGAUCCGGAAGGCUCGCGUGGAGGGCAUGGCGCGCCGCCAGGACAUGGUCCGGGAGCAUCUGCGCGAGAGGCAUGAGGCCGCAAAGGCCGACUUGGCAGGUUGGAGCGGGCCAUACGUGUCCGAUCAGGGUGAGUACUACUACAGCGACCGUCUUAAGGUCAGUGCCUGGAACAGUCCCAUUGCAGAGUGGGAACACGAGUUGCAAACACGCCAUGCGGUGCUGGAGAGGCCUCGUCGACAAUCACUGACUUUAAUUUUAACGCUACGCGACCCGCCUCGGCCUGGCCCAGCGGAGCCUGUGAUCAUGUGGUACGCGCAACUACAGCCCCUGGAAGCUCCGCAGCUGCAGAGGGUCACGUAG